AUGUAAUUAGAAAAAGAAAGCAAGCAGUCGUUUCUCUACUAAUUACCAUUACAAAAGACAUGGGUAUUAUGGUUGGCACUUGCUUUAGCUUGUUUUCUAUUAUUUGGAGAUGCUUAUGCUUUCGAUAAUCCUAUGGCUUUACAAUCCACGAUCUAAACAGAGAUGAACCUAAACAAUGUUUAAUUCAACAUGCUUUAUUCAAUAUAUUCUGCACCAAAUAUCAUCUUGCCAUUUUUUGGAGGAAUCCUUAUUGACAAGAUAGGAGUGAGAGUGAGUAUAUUGAUAUUCUCAUCUAUUCUUAUUUUGGGUUAGACUAUUGUAGUUAUUGGUGGAUACUCUUUCUCUUAUGGUACAAUGUUGGCUGGUAGAUGCAUAUUUGGCAUUGGCUCUGAAAGUCUGAAUGCAGCAUAAGCAGCCAUAAUGUCGUAAUGGUUUUAAGGAGGGUAAGUAAGUUUGGCAUUGGGUUUGUGUUUAUCGAUACCCAAAUUAGGAAGUGCUUUAAAUAGUGUAGUUAGUCCUCAGAUUUAAGCAAAUCAUGGGGAAUUGGGAUUCACAUUCUUAGUGGGACUUUUUAUAGUAAUAUUUUCAUGGGGAUGUGGAUUGGCAUUAAUCUAUUUAGACAAGAAAAACGAAGAAUUAAUGAUAAUUUGGAGAGAGCUCAAUCCAGAGGAUGGAAAUCCUGAGCAUAAAGAAGCAUAGCCUUCUGCUUAAGAGAUGAGUUUAUAGAUUAGAAAAAGCGAAUCAACGGAAAGUGAUCGAUCAGUAUCAUUAUUAGAGGAGGAGGAUGACGAUGAUGAAGAGGAAGAAAAAGAAGAAGCGGAAGCUCAUGAAGCAAAGGAAGAGAUUAAGUUAUCAGAUUUGAAGCAUUUGGAUGGAUCAUAUUGGAUUUUAUCAUGCAUUAUUAUGUUGAGUGAAGCACUUUUUGUACCAUUUUUGGACAAUGGAAAUGCAUUUUUUUAAGUCAAAUUUGGGUUUAGUUAAUAAUCAGCAGGUGUUUUACUCACAAUUCCCUAUGUGUUUGCAGCAUGUGUGACUCCCUUUGUCGGUAUUUACAGUGACAAGAUUCGUUAACGUUCCUUAUUGAUAGUUCUUACUACAGUGAUAUUUAUCAUCACUCAUUUGUGUCUUCUCCUUAUCUAUUGUGAUACUGCCUGUGGAGUGUCAGCUCUACCAUUAUUGUCAUUGGGAAUUUGCUAUUCUUUUUACUCAGCCAUUUUAAUCCCAUCCAUCCCUUUGGUUGUUAAAUCGCAGAUGAUAGGUACUCAUAAACAUACAAUAAUAGGGACUGCCUUUGGUUUGUUGGGAGUUAUGUAAAACACAGCUUUGGCCUUGUUUCCUCUCAUUACUGGAAGUUUAUAUAAUAGCCAUUUAAUCAAUGAAGAAGGACAAGUAGAUCCUUUUCAAGGGUAUGUUUAUCAAUCUUAUUUCUUUGUUGGUGUAAGUUGUUUUAAUUUUGUGAUUGCCAUAAGUUUAUACGUUUUUGAUAAAAAUGGGAGCAAGAAAUUAAGUAGAUUAAAGGCGAAGAGUAAAUGA